ACUAUACUCUCUGCACAUAUUUGCAGUACUUUUUGUGGUGAAUGCUAUCAUAAGUGUUGUAUUAAUUACAAAAUGUAUGCGAAUUUGAAUUGUGGCUCACAUUGAGGACAGACAUACAACUUAUGCUUGAAUAUCAUAUAACUACAAUCGUUUGGACUCUAAUUGUAUGGAUUGAGUGAUCAGUGAAUGACCCAAUUCUCAGACCUUUACCACAAUCUCGUCGCAGAUAUCGUCGCAAAUGACAACAAAUGUGAAAGUGGAGCUGAAGACAGACGUGGAGUUGAAUGGCAGCGAACUCAGGGUUUCGGACAAUUCGUUGACAAUGAGUGUCCGCACGAAGACCGACACCGACUCCGAGGGUCGCGACAGUAGUGUUGAGUCCGACCACAAGUUUGACUUAAACACAUACAUCGGGUGUCGCGAAGUGGGAGACAAAGAGCGGCUGUUCUGCAAAUGGAGUGAUUGUCACUACGAGUCCAACCAAAGGACUUCCAUCUCAAGACAUAUCCUCAACAGACAUCUUAAGGGCAAAGAUAUGAUUGAGUCAUACGAUGAGAGCAACUAUUGGGAGAAGAUAUUGAACUCAAACAAGAGUUGGCUGAAGAGAUCGCACUCAAAGAGAUCGUCGCAUAAGAAGUCGGUUGAGACUCGAGAACCUGAUCCAACACUUCCUGAGCCACCACUUCCUGAGCCACCGGUUUUGACACCAUUUGAUUCGGAGCUAACGUCUCAUGAAUUGAAUGAAGCCUUUCUCGAUGACAAUCAAUGGCUCGAAAAGAUCACAUCAAUGGCCUUACCGUCGAUUAUUGCACAGAAGAGUGGCUAUAGUUUGGAUAAUAGCGAACUCAAUGACAAUGACAGCAACGAUGACAGCGAUGUCCAGAAACAGCACUUAAACAUCAGUAACAAUGAGGAGAAUGUACUGUUGAGUUGCAAAGGAUUGGCCUCGAUGUCGAAAGUGCGUCAAUACUACGAAAGUCAGGUAAUGAAUGGCGAGAAGUUUUUUCUCUGCAAAUGGAAGAGAUGUGAGUUUAAGACGAAAAAGAGCCAAAAGAUCGCUCAACACAUAAACCUAUCGCACAUUGGGGUUGAAUUCAAGUGCAAUAAACCGAACUGUAAUAAAGUGUUCAAAAACCCAAAUACAUAUCGCGAGCACCAGAAGAACCACAUCUGCGGGUUCGGGAUCUUUGGCUACGGAUCUAAAGGCGUGAUUGGCGUCUGUCGUAAUGAGAACCUCAAUAGAUAUCGGGAGCGAGUGAUCAUUGACUCGAAGAAGUUUUAUCGCUGCAAAUGGGAGAACUGUAAUGCAAUCACUCGCUAUCAUAUGGCUAUGAAAAGGCAUUUGCACGGUCACGUGUGUCCCUAUAGAGUGAAUCUGAAGCUAAAACAGAAUCAACAGGUGAUAAGUGACAUGAAGUCCGACAACUGGAACCUCGAUCUGGGAAUGGGUUCCAUUGCAUCGACUUCUGGAGCAGUGAUGGCGGGCAGUAGUCCUGAGCAGAGCUCAGACUGCAGUACGAGUGCAACUAAGAAGACAUAUCAGUGCCGACGUAUCAAAUGUGGGGCUAAUUUUGAUAGCCAUUCAGAUCUGGUUCAACACGAAAGCCUUUUUUGUAAUUUUACUAAAUAUGGGAAACAAAUGGCGAGUUAUGAAGACUUAAUGGCAAAGAGACACAAACCCAAUGAACAAAUAGACGCGAAUCCAUCGGAUCCACAAACAAACGGCAAUUAUUCCGCAAACUCUUCGAUUGCAAACUUAGAAAUGAUGGCAAAUGUAGACAAAUAUAUCUCUAAGAAAGUAAUGAAUGGCAUCUCUUAUAAUCUGUGCGUUUAUGGGAACUGUAAAUACACUUCAAAGCAAUUACACAAAACUGUUGAUCACAUUCAGACCCAACACUUUGGAUUCGGACAACAACUUAAUAGUGAGUCAAAUGGCACUCAAAACACAUCUCAAAGAGUGGACUCUUUGACUGAAUCUCCAGAGACUGAGUGUUCGAAAGAGAAUUCGAGCAAAAAGUCUAAAACCAUAGAAGUAAUCGUCAAUAAUGUGAACCCGUCUUCAGUGGUGAUGAGUAGUAGAAGUGCUCCGACUAUGAGUGCAAUGACUGCGAGAGCCGAACAAAAGUACGCAAAACAUACGGUUAACGGACAGACACUUCUCUUCUGCACUCACGAUGGCUGCGAAUUCUUCACGAAAUUGUUGACUCAAAUGGAAAUGCAUGCGAACGAAGCGCACAACCAGUUGUUUGUGUGCGAUAUCGCCAAUUGUGGCAAACAGUUCCGGACAUCGAUUGCGUUGAGUCAACACAAACUGAAUCAUAUCUGCGGCUUCAAUAUCAAGGGUCGCAGACCUACCGGUGUCUGCGAUUUGGAUAACAUUCGGAAAUACAGAGACGAAGUGAUUGUCGACAACCGACUGGUGUAUCCGUGCAGAUGGUGUCCAGACGUGAUCUUCGAGAACCGGUCCGUAGCUCUGGCACACGCCCACAACAAACACCUGUGCCCUAACAGACUGGUUGUCGGACAACAGAGCAGUACUUUAAGUCGAAACGUUGUGCAAAGGAUUGUCGAAACAAACAAACGGAAAAGCAAUCAAAUCUCUGUUUCAAACGACAGUUCACUUUAA